UUAAUUGUUAAUGUACGCAGUGCUGGGUUUUGGGUAAAAGUAUUUUAUCACAUAAUUUUGCAAUUUUUUUUAACAGAUCUGAAUGUAUGAUUUUUUUUUUCAUAAACCUAUUUAGACCAACACCAUCGUUAGCCAUCACAUUAACACGACUUUAUUUUUAAAAAUAUGUUUAAGUUUUCUCUGAUAUACGAAUGCUACCCUGUGUUUUUCUACAUUUGUCCACUAGAUGUCACUAAAUCCCACAUAGUGCAAUUAAUCAAAAUGAGCUGACUGCUAGAGCCUAGAUGAUAUCGUGAUGUAUUAAAGAUUGAAGACGCACUAUUCUUCUCUCUCUCUCACACACACACACACACACACACACACCCUCAGGUGCAGGCUGCCAUCAAGAGGAAAGUGGAGAAGCAGAGAAAGCGAUCCAUCGAGCAAACAGUAGGAGGCGGAGGAGGAGACGGUGGUGGUGGUGGUGGUGGAGAUGUUCCAAGUGCUCCCCGUCAGCCUGCUCGCCGUCAGAAACCCAAGCGUCGUCCUCAGGUGAUGACAACGACCGAGUCAGAGGACAGAGCGUCGCUGGAGGAGAAGCUGGAGGAGAUGAUGGAGGGACGGCAGAGGAAAGAGGAGACGGAGAAGGAGGAGGAGGCAGAGCCGGUGGACCUGCUGCCCAUGGUGGACUCGAUGUUUGGACAGGACAGAGAUCUGAGGCCAGAGGAGCUGGACGAGCUCCGUGAAGCGUUUGUGGAAUUUGAUAAGAAUAAAAAAGGAUACAUCAGUCACAAGGACCUCGGGGAGUGUAUGAGGACCAUGGGAUACAUGCCCACAGAGAUGGAGCUCAUCGAGCUGAGCCAGCAGAUCUGUGGAGGUAAAGUGGACUUUGAAGACUUCGUGGAGCUGAUGGGACCAAAGAUGUUGGCAGAGACAGCUGACAUGAUCGGAGUCAAAGAACUGCGUGAUGCAUUCAAAGAGUUUGACUCUAACGGGGACGGACUGAUCAGUUUGGCUGAGUUGCGGGAAGCCAUGAAGAAACUGAUGGGGGAACAAGUGACCAACAAGGAGAUCAACGAGAUCCUGCGAGAUGUUGACCUGAAUGGAGAUGGACUGGUGGACUUUGAAGAGUUUGUGCGAAUGAUGUCCCGCUGACUGGUUGAGCUGAGCUCAUGACCUGGUGCACUUUUAGCAACAUGUUGCACAUGAAUUGACCCUCCUUUUUCUUCUGGUGUGAAGAAUUAGUAUCUAAUUAUAUUUUUGUAUAUUAAAUGUGAAAAUAAAAAUAAAUUAAAAAGAACAAUUUAAUGACCUAGUGGUGCAAAGCACAUCGAAAGUAUUAAAGCAGCCGUGAUACAUAUCAGACCGUUUCAUUGGCAAUGAAUGACGUAGUGUUUUUAACAAGUAUUUUUAUAUAUGAGUUUGGUUCCCUGAAGUGUAACACCAUGUUUGUAAACCUGUUACUUUUUAUUAAACAAAAAAUGUGCAAAAAGUGACGAUUGUGUUAAUAGUUCAUUCACACUGAUAACGCUGAGAAAACUGACAUGGACUCACAUGUCCAACAACACCAAAACACCAACAUCUGUCCCAAUGAAGUUAUAAAAUGCAGCAGGACUCACCAGCAGGACUAGCCGUCGAACACAUCUGCUGUCUGCCGGUUCCCUUGGUUCCAAACCAGUCAUAAUCCACGAGUUACUGUCAACUCCCUGCAGCUGCUGGAGUUCAGCUGCAGUAAAAUCCUCUUUAAGUCCCAUCAGUCUCGGCUUCAAUAUUGUAAUUAAAUUCCUCGAUAUCCAAAAAGAAAACAUUCCCGCAUGUCGCAGUGUAUGACAAAACGCCAGCACUUGGAGACACCGGCAUUGAUUGGUUAAUGUGACGUCAUC